CCUAGAUCUAACAACACCAAGGGAGGUCACUCAAAAAUGUUGUUUAUUACCAUCAAACAGCUGGAUUGCAUAAAAUGUCAUCAGACUAGUCUUAAAAUGUUUAAUCAUGAUUAUGAAAUCGCAUGUUUCGAAAGGCUGUAAAUCGCUUACUAAACAGAGCGCGUGUAGUACUUGCAUCAAAACGUAGCGUUAAGUUUAAUCACAACAUUUUUUGCCGUCGAAUGGCUUGCACAGAUUCCGUGUACAAAGACAUUGGAGAGUUCAGGGUUUUUGCUUGGUCAAUAUCAGGCAUUGAAACGUCAGUAGUAAUAAAGAAGCCAGCUGAUGGAUUUUCUUGUUGCUUUGAUAUGGGAUACUCCAAUCGACAAACUGUUAGUUGUGAUGAUGUCCUGAUAAGCCAUGGUCACAUGGAUCACAUAGCAGCCGUGCCACAGCAUAUAAAAAAGCGUGAACUUCAGGGACUGCGGCCAGCUUCAUACUACGUCCCUGAACACUUGAUACAACCCCUAACAGAGGCCUGUAGCCAGUUCUACAUAAUGAGUGAAAAUACUCCUCACUUGAAAACCCCACAGAUUUACGCUGUUAAACCAGAUGAAAAAAUAAAGUUAAGAAGAUCAUACCAUGCAGUGGCAUUUCCCACAGUGCAUAGGGUCAAGAGCCAAGGAUAUAUGGUAUACCAUACAAAACGCACUCUUAAGUCUGAGUUCAUGGAGCUUCCGCCGAAAGAAAUUGGGGCCAUGGUACAGAAAGGAGUUAAUGUCCACGAUAGGAUCAGCAUACCAGAAAUUGCAUAUACAGGUGACACAACAUUUGAAGUGUUCACAAAUUCUCCAUACACCACACCUGCUGAUCUGUUAAAAGUAAAACUCCUGAUUGUGGAGGCAACAUACAUGAAUGAUGAUUGCGAUUAUGAUGAGCGAGUCUCCCAAGCGAGGCAGUGGGGACAUAUUCAUCUUUCAGAAAUCUAUGAAAAUGCCGAACUAUUCAAGGACGUUGAAAAUAUUUUACUUAUUCAUAUGUCGGACAAAUACUCUGUAAAGUAUAUAGAAGAAAAAGUCUAUGAAAACAUACCAGAAUCUCUCCAAAAUAAGAUACAUAUAUCAACAUUAGCCAAAGAUCGCUACAUAUGAAAGCCAAUUUAUUGUUUAAAAUAUAAUAUUUUGUUGUUUUUUCAUGAUUUUUGCUUGGAUAUAAUUAUGUUGUGUCAUAAGUUCAUAAAACAGUAUUUAUGGGACAAUUUGUAGUGAUUUUUUUCCAUUUUCUUUGUAGUUUUCAAAUUUAUGCGCAUAAAAAGCCUAGUGAACAU